CACCCACCACCCACCUCCACCAGCAUCCCCGCCAUCUAGACUGGACCCUUUCUUUCCGACUUUCUUUUUUCACUUCUUUCCCUUCUAUUCUGCUGCUGCUGCUGCUUGAUUACCUACUUGCACGCACACAUGGAAUUUCCUUCCUUUUGCAGCGGUUCCUCUCUCCACAUUUAAAGCAGCAAUGAUGUGAUGGUUAUGUGCCUAGCUAACUGCUUCCACAUAUGUACGUAUUUAUUACCAGCCGCCCCGCGCACCAAUGCCCUCUCCCCUCCCCUCGGAGAAGAACACUUCAGCAGACUCCACUCCCUGGAUUGUGUGGGCAUGGCGGCGGCUGAGAUCCCGGCGAAAUGCAGGUUACAUCCAUCAGUGCGAAGGGUAAGGGAAGGGAAGGGGAAGGGAAGGUAUGUAUGAUAUGUAGAGCGAUGCUCCAGCAGGCAGGCAGACAGCUCUUUAGCUCAGGCACAGCG